AUGGAUGCAGAUACAAUUGAGGAUAGUGCUGACUUACCGUCUUCUCACAAAACGGAUUCGAAUUAUGUUGAAGUUUUUCGCAAAAGAAUGGCAUCGUUGUUAACAAAGUAUCCGUCGCAUGAUACGACAUUUACUCUGCAACGAUGGCUUUUUUCUUAUGAUUACGAUCUAGAAGAAGCCGGGAAACAAAUGACAAAAGCAUUACAAAGUCUCAGUUUUCUUGGUGCGUUUAGGGAUUAUGAUAACGCUGAAUCAUUAAAUAUGGUCUUACGUUCGUUAAAUAAAGCAUCUGAUUACUUUCCUGGUGGCAUAAUGGGUCCAGAUAAGCACGGAAAUAUUAUUUUUGUGCAGCCGAUGGGUCAGGCUCGACCAAGAACGGUAAUGCUAGCAGGACCUGUGUCUGAUCUUUAUCGCUUAUCAGUUAUAGAAGCUGAAGCUUGCAUGACUUUUUUGAGGAAGGAAGAACUCAUCAGAGGAUGCAAACUUGGUAUUAUUUUCAUUUCGGAUCUUAAUGGACUAUCUGCUGAAACAAUCUACAUGCCUGCCAUCAAGGCUUAUAUGAGGGUUUUAAAUGUCUUACAGUACUUAUUCCCAGAUUCAAUCAAAAAGGUUUAUGUAAUUAAUGCUCCUAGUGUGGUCGACUUGCUUUUCAGUAUGGCAAAACAGGUGCUUACUAAAAAAAUGAUUGAAAAUGUAGAAUUUCUUGGUAGUGAUUGGAAGCAGCGGUUGAAAGAUGAACUAGGAGAAGAAAAUAUUUUCAGACACUGGGGUGGUACAAAGAAGGCUACAAAAGAAACAGGUACAAUACGUAUGGGAGGCGAUAUACCUCCUCAUUUAAGGGUCGAAAUCUCAAAGAGUUUCAAGACAGUUCCUGCUGAGCAAUUAAUAAAAGCAACGAUUCCAGCUGGUGGAACUGUAAAAGUUCCAGUUAAUGUCUUACAUUCAAACUCAGUAUUGGAGUGGUUUUUUACCAUUAGUAAGGGAGAUAUUGACUUCAAAAUUACUUUUUGUGAGCAUGAGAUUUGGCCGAAUUUUCGUUUGUCGACUGAAUUUGUCCCUGAAUAUGGUGAAAUGCUAUGUGCUCAAACAGGAACAUAUAUCAUUCAUUUUACUAGUCCUGCAAAAUUGCUGAGUAAAAUAAUUUCGUACAAUGUUGUGCUGAAAUUCCGGAAAAAUGCAUUGCAAGAAGGUCUGCCAGUAUCAUCCCUUUCUUUUUCUCCUGGUCCAGUUAAGUAUUGCGAAUGUAACUGA